UUUGAUAAAAUUUCUUGCCAAGCUGAACGAGUAUCAGGAUUACAAUAAAAUGACGCCAGGAAACAUUGCGAUUGUUCUGGGGCCAAACCUGCUGUGGGCGCAUACGGAGGGGAACAGCACAGAGAUGAUGACCACAGUCUCGCUGCAGAUCGUGGGGAUCAUUGAGCCCAUUAUCCAGCAUGCUGAUUGGUUCUUCCCCGAAGAGAUUGAGUUUAACGUGACGGGAAGCUACAGCAGCCCUGUUCAUAACAACCACAACGCCAGCUACAGCUCCAUGCCGUCGCCGGACUUGGACCAAUCAGAUCGCAGGCAGCCGGACCAAAGCCGACGCCCACUCAGCGUCGCCACCGACAACAUGAUGCUGGAGUUCUACAAGAAGGACAGCAUUAGGAAAAUUCAGAGUAUGGGAGUGCGAGUGAUGGACACCUCCUGGGUUUCUCGCCGAGGCUCCUCCUCCUCGUCUCGUAAGAGCUCCUCGACUCCGCCCAGCCUUCAGCCGCCCUCUGAUUCGCUGAGCCCUGAGCAGACAGCCGAUGUCUGUGCCUCCCCCUCGCAGACUCCGCCCCCCAUCAGCGGCGACAGGACCAGCUUCGACGAGGCAUCAUCCAAUCGCUCGGACUCCUGUCUCGUCUGUCCGCCCCCUCCAUACCCUGCCUCCUCUUCCUCCUCCUCCUCCUCUUCCUCGCUCCCUCACCCUCGAGUGCGUCUUGAAAGCGUUCCUCCCUCGGCGUUCAGUCCUCCUCCGCUCCUCCUGUCCUCCACCUCUCUAGACAUCAUCUCCAACCCUAAACCCAGCGUCCCUCUGUCCUCCGAGCUCCUCCCCACCGCUCCGCCGGGGGCCGCCUGCAGCCGAGAGAGAGGACUCAGAGCGCCUAGCACUCAGAAGAAUAAGGAGUCCUCGCCUGUGAUUGGUCAAAGAGGCAUUGGACAGAACCAGCUGUCAGACCUGAGUCCUCACACGCUGCACAAAGUUUCCAAGAAGCUGGCCCCCAUCCCUCCCAAGGGUCCGUAUUCUCCGUCGGGCUGCAUGUCGGAUCUGUCUCCGGGUCCGUCUCCGGUCAGUCUAUCCCCGACGCCCCCCAGCACCCCGUCCUCAUACAGCUUCAGUUACCCGCAGAGCGGCUCCGUCCUCACCUCGCCCGGACACAACCACAGCCAGACGCUCGCCGGGACCCUGCCCAAAUCACGGCCCAAACCGCCCCGCCAGAGACCCAGCCUGCCCCCCCCACAGCCCCCGCCGCUGGACGCUCUGUCCGCCGGGGAGAGCAUGUCUACAGACUCGUGCUGUGAUUUGGACGUUCCCAUAAUAAUCGUGGAAUUGAAUGGGAGAUACAGGAACUCUGUGGAUCUUCUGCAGUCGGAGGAGGAGUCGGAGAGCACCGCCCUUUGAUUACCCACAAUCCUUCACUCCCUGCCUUCACCGCACUAAUGAUGUUGUAUUGUCCGUGUGAUCCUCUGCACUGAGCCACAGACAGGAUCUGAAGCAAUGGUCACGUCGUCUUUGUGUUUUCAUGUAUUUGCAGUUUUUCUCAUGUGGUUUGUUUUCUAUUUGCCUUAUCUGAGUUCUUGCAGUUUUGCCUUGAAGUUUGUGUGAUGUGUCCGGGUCGCUGCUGGGUGAAGAAAAUCACACAAACACACUGAAACCUCAUUGUGUUUGUUAGGGGCCGU